AUGAGCGCAAAAGUGGGGGAAGACUUUGAAGAUGGGAAGUGGCCUUUUGGUUUUGAAGGCACGCCCGAAGAUGUUCCAGUUCCGUCAGGCAAUACUGUAGUUCAAAUUAGCAAGAUGUUGAGUCGAGCGGAUGAGCAAGUUGGAGAGUACUCGUUUGGAGGACAAGCCAAAGCUUUACCAGCGGCGCCCGGGUUGGUUGUCGACGGAGUGGGGUCAAUUCCUGUUCCUCUAACUACAGAGAGAGCACAAAAGCUAAUCUCCGUAUGUGAACAGUCCCCCUCUGGUCACAACUUGGACACCAACACGGAAAAAAACGUCCGGCCCACUCAAGCGCGUUUUGAGAAUAUGGCGUGGCAAAGCGGCAUCGAAAAAUUAACACAUAGCAUCGCAGAUCGAUUGGGCUACCAAUGCAUUACACUUCAGAGUAAGUUGUACAAGUUGCUAGUCUCUGGAGAGCAAGGGCAUUUUGUGAAGAACCUGGGUAUAAAGAAAGAGGAUGACACAAUUGUCACGCUUGUAAUUCAACUACCAAGUUCUUAUGAAGGAGGAGACUUGGUGAUUUGGCGAGGUGGAGAAGGAAAGUUCCGUCAUGAUUCUGGAAAGAUUGAUGGUACAGCUACUUUCCUUCCUCACUAUACAGUUCACUACCCUGAUGCUGAGCACACAGUGGAGAAAAUUACGAAGGGCUAUCGGUUCGCAUUGGUUUACUCACUGUGUCUACCUGAGACAAUGCGCCACCGGAAAAAGACUUAUGAUGUUCCUCUAAGUGAAGAUCUGGCAAGUGCAAUCUCAAUGAUGGAUCCCGAGGAUGAUUCGUUCGCGUUAUUACUGUCCCACGAAUACAUUAGCAAAAAUAUCGAAAAGAUGGAUAUUGAAGCACUAAAAGGUAUUGACAGCGUGCAAGUUCACGCUCUUGAAGAAGCAAACACACUCGUUCCUGCCGCCAAGAAACUGAAGCUAUUUCUUGUUCGGUUGGCACACCAAAUUUACGUUAAACAAGUACCGCGUGCGGAUAACAAACACUGUGAGGCUAUGUGCUGGUACGAUAUCAAUGGCGCGUGUUUAGGACAAGUUGGGCAGUCGACUAUGGUAUUAAACUUCCUCAAUCCAGCUCUGGAAACGAUUAGGCAAAUAUGGGCACGGCACGAAGUCAACCGCACCGAGAAAUAUGGAGCGAUUCACAUCGAAUAUGCCGCGUACGCGAUUGUUGCAUGGCCUGCAGCUCAGCACGAAGACAAAGCGCUAGCAUUCAUGCCCAUCGAUGUAGUUGUUGAUACUGUUUACGCGCGUAAACCUAUUGACGCUGCAACAUUGAGAAAUUUACUGAAUGAUAUCGGUACAAGACUUGACGAGGGGAGAAAAUAUUUCAACCGAGAUGAUCUCUCUGUUAAAUCUUUUUGCUUAAUUUGCGAGAUGCUCUUGGAUGCCCGUGACUCUGAGCUCGUGAAAAUGUUUUUCACCGACACUAGUUCCAAGUUUGGAAGCUUGGAGCCUCCGAUUCCAGUGUUUUCCCCUCCAUUUGGUAGACUGAAAAACUGGGCCUCUCUAGUCCCUGUAAUCACCAAGAUUUUACGGACAUUCGACUGGAAAGACUAUGGUGAAGACCUACUUCAUCGUUUCGGUAGCUGGAACAAGUAUGAUAUAAAGGUAUAUGAUCACGAAGAGUCAAGAAUGAGAAUGGCGCUUCAAAUCGUUGACGGGUUGGAUAACGGGGCUGCCCAGGACGCUCUCCUGAGAAUGAUAUUUCAAAUGGCAGAAGCGCUGGAUAAAGAGGAUAUACGCUUAUUUCGGGACGUUGGGCUUCUGUUGAAAUGGAUAAGUCGUAGCAGUGAAAAGACCGUUAUCGAUAAGGUGUCAACGAUAUUGAACCAAAUUGAUCCGAGUCGACUGGGCUCAGUCAUUGAGAAGUCUCUUCCAUUCUGGGCUGACAUUGAGAAGGUUGAAGAGCUUGCUGCCAUCGCUACUAAACGGAUGCAAUGGUUGACGGAUCAAAUCGAGUCAAUGGAUAAGCCCUUCUCGUGGGAAAUGCCGCACGCCUCAUUCCCGGACAACAACAAAGUGGAAAUCUUUCUACGAGGUCCCGACGCUACCAUGAAGGUGACCAAGAAAGUGCAAAAGUUUAAGAGUUUUCAAGAUGCCAACAAUUACGCUGCUAAAUGGAUCCGUGAAGAACAAGUGAAUGCCUCAUUCGAGACAGAAGCUAGCUCGACGAAUGCCGAUGCUGUCGUGACAAUUACGAAAACGCGCAAGUAUUUUAACGAAUGUCAGCACAAAUUGCAGGCGUACAAGACAGAGCUUAACCAGUUGAAGGAACAGUGUGGUGGAGACACUAGUGGUGGCGACAGGAAGCGAAUUCGUCUGGAGUAG